GCUGCGAUGGCGCGGACAAAGCAGACGGCGCGGAAAUCCACGGGCGGGAAGGCGCCCCGCAAGCAGCUGGCCACCAAGGCUGCCCGCAAGAGCGCGCCGGCCACGGGCGGCGUCAAGAAGCCGCACCGCUACCGGCCCGGCACGGUGGCGCUGCGCGAGAUCCGCCGCUACCAGAAGUCCACGGAGCUGCUGAUCCGCAAGCUGCCCUUCCAGCGCCUGGUGCGCGAGAUCGCGCAGGACUUCAAGACCGACCUGCGCUUCCAGAGCUCGGCCGUCAUGGCGCUGCAGGAGGCCAGCGAGGCUUACCUGGUGGGGCUCUUCGAGGACACCAACCUGUGCGCCAUCCACGCCAAGCGAGUCACCAUCAUGCCCAAGGACAUCCAGCUGGCCCGCCGCAUCCGCGGCGAGCGCGCCUGAGUCUCCUGGCGUUCUGUUUUAAACCGAAAGGCUCUUUUAAGAGCCACCACAAGGCCACCAGAGAGAGCUGUUAUCUCUGUGAGGGAGCAGGCACGGGUAGCCCCGUUGCAAGCGCUUCAUAAUGCCCAGGGCGUUGCCAGUGGGAGGAUAAGUAGAAGGAGCUAGGGCUCGCCCUCCC